ACACUAAAGAGGAAGAAGAAGAAGAAGAAUACCCCGCUUUUCCGUUACCUUGCUGCUAUAGGGUACUGUCCGAGGACAGUUUCCAGAAGCCCGAUAUUUUCCUAGAUCCAUUACUAAAUGUAGCUCUGGACAGAAGGCCAGCCUGACUCAGAGUUCUUCGCGCUUAAUUUCUUAAGCUCCCCAUACAUACUGACUAGCCACAUACUAGUCACAAAGACCAUUUACUGUAUGUCAAAAACGUAGUCAAUUUGUUAUCGGAUGGGUGGUCCGAGACAAAACAGCCGUUAGUGACUUGUCUAAGGUCAUUCUAUGACUGAUGGCUCCGCCGUUCGAACGCAAUAUCUUGUGGAUAUUGUGUCAAACAACUUAACCAUUCAGCCAUAGCGGCUUACACUAGAGAUAUCCAGCGUCUUUUUUGAUCCAGUAACAGGCGAGCACUAGAGAUAUCCAGUGUCGCAUUUGAUUGAUUAACAGGAGAACACUAGAGAUAUCCAGUGUCUUUUUUGAUCCAGUAACAGGCGAGCACUAGAGAUAUCCAGUGUCGCAUUUGAUUGAUUAACAGGAGAGCACUAGAGAUAUCCAGUGUCUUUUUUGAUCCAGUAACAGGCGAGCACUAGAGAUAUCCAGUGUCGCAUUUGAUUGAUUAACAGGAGAACACUAGAGAUAUCCAGUGUCUUUUUUGAUCCAGUAACAGGCGAGCACUAGAGAUAUCCAGUGUCGCAUUUGAUUGAUUAACAGGAGAACACUAGAGAUAUCCAGUGUCUUUUUUGAUGCAGUAACAGGCGAGCACUAGAGAUAUCCAGUGUCGCAUUUAAUUGAUUAACAGGAGAACGCUAGAGUUAUUGGGUGUCGUAUUUGAUUAAGUAACAGGAGAACACGCUGAAAGAAAAAAAGGUACCGUAGCGAAGUUAACCGUAGUACGCCUAACAGGUGUCAUUUCUGACCCAGAGAUAAAAAUUUUGAAAUACACUAGAAUAUGUUGCUAAUUUCGAGUUUAAGGAAUCAUUCAUCAUCCAUUACGAAUAGGUAGCUGUUGCGUAGUCUAACAUGAAACUAAGUUCUCCUAUUCCAUCUGAUUACGAGCCUUCGAUACAAUAAAAUACAAUUUCGUCAGUAUGUAACAUAAAACUAGACAAGAGGACAAGUUAAAUUUUCCAUUAAAAUUUAAGGGGUAUUACUAAUUUAUGCUAACACCAGAAACACCCAACUUUGUAAAAACGCAUAUGGGUCAUCUUCACUUACACCCACAACUUGGAGAGUUAUGUGCACGAACACCCACUAACAUCCACUUUGUCCGACUCCUAGAAAAAGUAAACCGUGAAGAAAGACCAAAAAAUGACCCCCUUCAACACUAACACCCGAAAUCUCACUUAUUGUCCAUACAAGCAGCCCAAGUUGUAUUCACUAACACCCACAGAACUCAAUAAUCUUUAUUCUGACCCGAAUAAGUGCUAUCCCCGAAUAACUUUUUCUGAUAAACUUUUCUCUGGAAACAUCUCUUCAACGUUUGCCGUAUCGACAAAACUCGGUUUUCGUCAGAAAAAUAAAAAUUGGGAUAAAAGUAUAGAAAGAUAGCCAAUGUUCUGUUCUUCCAGAAACGGUAUGAUUUUUAAAUCGAUACCCCUUUUUUUGUCCAAAUUUUUUGAUGAUUUCUGUUAUUUGCGUCUUGAAAAACAGCAUUUUUUUCUAGAGGGGAGGGGAUUUAAGGUAUGUUUCCAGAGAAAAGUUUAUCAGAAAAAGUUAUUCGGGGAUAGGACUUAUACGGGUCAGAAUGUAGAUCAUUGAGUUCUGUGGGUGUUAGUGAAUACAACUUGGGGUGCUUGUGUGGACUAUAAGUGAGAUUUUGGGUGUUAGUGGGUGAAUAUAAGAACUUUUGGACUGGUAUGAUGUGUUUCCAGAGAAAAGUUUAUCAGAAAAAGUUAUUCGGGAUAGCACUUAUUCGGGUCAGAAUAUAGAUUAUUGAGUUCUGUGGAUGUUAGUGAAUACAACUUGGGGUGCUUGUAUGGACAAUAAGUGAGAUUUUGGGUGUUAGUGUUGAAGGGGUCAUUUUUUGGUCUUUGUUGACGGUUUAUUUUUUCUAUGAGUCGGACAAAGUGGGUGUUUGUGCGCAUAACUCUCCAAGUUGUGGGUGUUAGUGAAGAUGACCCAUAUGCGUUUUUACAAAGUUGGGUGUUUGUGGUGUUAGUAUAAAUUAGUAAUACCCAAAUUUAAGAGUCAUGCACCAUUUUAACUGCAUAUUUAUCUCCAUCUUACUUAAAAGUAUAUAUUGAUUGGGGUUUGGAUUAUCCAGUUAGGAUGAUGUAUGAUUCAUACGAUUAACGUUUGGAUCGAAGAUAUUCAUCUAUCAUCUAGUACCUUUUCAUUUUGUUUUAUUUUGUAGAUUAAGAUUUCUUUUUAUAUUAUAAAAAACGAUCAUAAACAAUUGGAUUGAAGAGGAUAGCGAAGUUGACGAUUUCACUGACCAACAAAGUGGUUCAGAAACAGAAAAUGAUGAAAGUCAAACAUCAGACGCUGAUGAUGAAAUUGAUUUAGAAGAUCUUAAAUUAACCGAAGGUUCUACACGAAAAAGCUCAUAUACUUCCAAGUCCGGGAUGAUCUGGUCUUCAAUUCCGUCUGCUUCAACAAAAAUAAAUUCUUUCAGUGAUAAUAUCGAGAAAUCUGGACCGACUAAGCUUACUGAAAAUGUUGCAUCUAUUGAAGACGCAUUCAUUUGUCUUAUGUCGGAAAAAAUCAUGCAGAAAAUUUUAAUUUAUUCAAAUAUGGAAUAUGAUCGAAGCGUGGGAUUAGAUGAAAAAGAAGAAAUAACAAUGAUGGAAUUAAAAGGUUCAAUUGGAAUAUUAUUGCUUGCUGAUUUAUUAGGAAGAUCAAAGGAAAAUUUGCGAUCCUUAUGGAGAACAAGUCCCUUGGAAUCUCCAAUAUUUAAAGCUACUAUUUCAAGAGAUCGUUUUGACAAAAUUAUUUCAUGUCUAAGAUUUGAUGAUAAAAGAACAAGAGAAGAGAGAAAACAAGCAGAUAAAUUUACGGCAAUUCGUGAAAUUUGGUCAGAUUUUCAAGAUAAAUUAAAAACAUGUUAUACACCAGGACUUGAUCUUACAAUCGGCGAACAAUUAUUAGGUUUUCGGGGGAAAUGUCCAUUUCGUCAAUUUAUUCCUAAGAAGUCUGACAAAUACGGAUUAAAGUUCUGGCUAUGUGUUGAUGCAGAGUGGUAUUGUGUAUUGAAUGCUUUUCUUUACAUUGGACGACAACCAGGUCAAGAAAAACAAAAACACAUAGGUGAAAGUGUAGUUUUAGAAUUGCUCAAGCCAUUCUAUGGUUCAAACAGAAACGUUACAAUGGAUAAUUUCUUUACAAGUGUUCCAUUGGCGAAAAAUCUUCAAACGAAGAAUCUUACUCUUAUAAGAACAUUACGAAAAAAUAAACCAGAAAUACCUAUAGAAUUUCUAUCA